AUCGUUUACUUUUCUCUCUUCUUUUUGACCGUUGCUUUUCCCCUCGCUCCUUCCGGAACCCAUUGCCGGUAAAAAUCGCACUAAAAAACAGAGCUCAGCCCAGUAAUCAUGCAGCUAGCUGUUCGUGCUGCAAUUUCCAUUCGCGGAUAGCGAAGGUGCGACCUUCCUCUUCUUCUUUGUCUUUUAGCUCGUUAGUGGCUAAUCACGAACCACCAUUUCCUUUUUCCUAAAACGCAUUUCGUUUUACUUUGCUUUAUUCGUUUGUUCUCUCUGUCUGUUUGUAACUUUCUGUCUCUUCGCCUUGUUUUUUGCUGAUAGGGGUUGAGAUUUAAGUGAUGUUGAUUGAAAACUUGUUUUAUACUCCGUAUAUAAAAUGGUGCUGGUUUGCCAUUUUCUUCUUACUGAAAUUCUGCCGCCGAAGGGUUGUAUAUGCUAAAAUUGAGCCGGAUAUUUUCUCCCGUGGAACAUUUUCACCAAGGGUUUUAGCACUUUAUCUAAUUCGAAAACACCCAUUUUUUGUAAUAAAUAAAUUCCGAGAUUGGAAUAUGAGGUUUUGGCAUUUUAGAUGGAGUAUGAGCAGUAGGGAAUCUUAUUUAAGCUAUGCUUGUUCGUGUUUCACUUUCCUGCAUCUAGAUAGCUUAUCCGAGUAAAUCUUUUCUACAUGGGUUUCUACAUGGGUUUCUCCUGAAAACUUGAAGGACAAGAAAAGAACCUGAAAUCCUGCUUUAUCUGUUCAGAAAUCUGUGCAUUUACAUGAUUACAUCCUUUUCUUGCUUGUUAUCUUUCUUUACGCGUUGGACACACCUGUUUUGAUUCUCUAUAGGGAACACCACUACCCUAAUUAUCAUCAUCAUCUUGUUAUGAACUGUUUGAGUAUGGAUCUCCUAAGGAGGGUGGAUUAAGAAAUGGGAUGUUCUUCAUCCAAGGUGGAUGAUGAAGAGUCUGUCCGGCUAUGCAAAGACAGGAAGAAGUUCAUCCAACAAGCAGUUGAGUAUAGAUUUCAGUUUGCUUCCGGUCACAUUGCUUAUAUCCAAUCUAUGAAACGAGUUUCUGAUGCUCUCCGUGACUACGUCGAGGUGGACGAGCCUCGUGAGUUCUUGUUGGACUCAUUCAAAACCUCUCGCCCGGUCCCAUCAUCUGUCAAAAAAGUGAAACCAUCUGGAUUCAUCUCUAUUGAACCCACAUUGAGAGUGAACUACUUUAGACCCAGUGGGACCCCUUCUGUUUCUGUGGAGGAGAGACCACCGCGAACGCCUGAAAUGUUUCGGGUUCAUACAUAUUCUCCUACUAUGUAUCAUCAGUAUGGGAUGAAUGAUGAAUUUUUCAGUAUGCAAUCCCCGCCCACGACAAACAGUAGGCCCGAAAAUACACAGUGGGAUUACUUCUGGAAUCCGUUUGCUUCAUUGGAUCACUAUGGUGGUUAUCCCGCAUCGAGUGGAGCUCCUGAUCAUGGCAUUUUGGGUGAUGUUGAUGAUGAUGAGGGGUUAAGGCAUGUCAGGGAAAAGGAGGGGAUUCCUGAUCUUGAAGAGGAGUCUGAGCAUGAAGAAGCCAAGUGCAGGGAAAGUAGAAGAGGAGAAGAGAGAGAUAAUAGGUUUCACCAGAAGUUCGAUAGUGAAGAAGUCUUGGUUGAAGAUGAUAGUGAUGAUGAUGACGACAUAGAUGAACACAUUGAUACAGAGCCUUGUGUUCAAGGGUCUAACUCAAAUCCUAAUCAUAAUACUCAAGGAUUGAGUAGUAAUGCCAAUCAUCAUUAUCAGGGAUUAAACUCAAAUGCCAUGAAUCCUCAUUUUAAGGGGUCAAACGUGAAUGCCAGUCAUCAAUAUCAGGGAGUGAACUCAAAUGCCAUGAAUUGUAAUUUCCAAGGAUCAAACUCGAAUGCCAGUCAUCAUUAUCAGGGAUUGAACUCGAAUGCCACCAAUCCUCAUUUUCAGGGAUCAAACUCAAAUGUCAAUCAUCGUUAUCAAGGAUUAAACUCAAAUGCCACCAAUCUUCAUUACCAAGGAUCAAACUUAAAUGUUAGUCAUCCUUAUCAAGGGUUGAACUCAAAUGCCACCAAUCAUCAGUAUCAAGGAUUAAACUCAAACGCCACCAAUCAUCAUCAUCCGGGAUCAAACUCAAAUAUCGUAAAUCCUCACUAUCAAGAAUUAAACUCCAUUGUCAAUCAUCAUUUUCAAGGAUCAAAUGCAAGUGCCAAUAGUCAUUUUCAAGGAUCAAACAAAAAUGACAUCAAUCUUCAUUUUCAAGGAGCUAACUCAAAUGCCACCGAUCACCAUUUUCAAGAGUUAAACUUAAAUGCCAAUCGUGAUUCUCAAGAAUCAAACUUGAAUCACCAUGUUCAAGGAUCAAACUCAAAUCCUAGUCGUCAUGUACAAGGGUCAAAACCUAAUGCAAGUCAUCGGGCAACAGUGUCUAGGUCACAAAACAGGGGCCAAGUUAGUACUAACGAGAAUGCAGUUGCUGAUUGUGAACCAAAUGAGGAUAUGGCAGGAUUUACAGUUUAUGUAAAUAGAAGGCCAACAAGCAUGGCAGAAGUUAUUAAGGACCUUGAAGCUCAGUUUACAAUUGCUUGCACUUCAGCGAAACAAGUAUCUUCUUUAUUCGAGUCUAUCGGGGCUCACUAUUCAACAACAUCAAAUGACCUUAAAUCCAAGAAAAUGUUGAACCCAGUGGCUCUAUUUCGGUCAGCAUCUUCAAGAUCAUCUUCAUCUAGAUUCUUGCUCAAUCCCUCCAUUAUAAAAGAUGAAUAUCAUCAAAGCUACAGUGAGCUGUCUGAUGACUCCAUAUUCUCAAGCAGUCACCAGUCGACCUUGGAUAGAUUAUAUAUAUGGGAAAAGAAACUUUACCAAGAAGUUAGGGCUGGGGAGCGUGUUCGGCUAGCAUAUGAGAAAAAAUGUGCACAUCUCAGAAAUCAAGAUGCAAGCGGGGCAGAUCCUUCUUCUCUUGAAAAAACAAGAGCAACAAUUAGGGGUUUGCAUACUCAGAUUAAGAUCUCAAUACACUCAGUUGAGUCUAUCUCGAAAAGGAUUGAAGCUUUAAGGGAUGAUGAGCUGCAACCUCAGCUUUUACAACUGGUGGAAGGGUUAGGUAAAAUGUGGAAGGUGAUGGCAGAGUGCCACCAUAUACAGAAAAGGACACUGGACGAUGCUAAGCUCUUACUCGCCAGCACACCAUCAUCUGCACAUUCCCGAACCAAGAAAUACACAAUAAUGUCACAGUCUGAACCUCACCAGCUAGCCCGCUCAGCGGCUAACCUUGAGAUGGAGCUCAGGAAUUGGAGAGCCUGUUUCCAGUCAUGGAUCACCUCUCAACGCUCCUACCUGCAAGCGUUAAAGGCAUGGCUCUUACGUUGUCUCUACAUAGGAUCCGGAAAGUCGAAGUCAAUGUGCUCUCCCACUCUCCUUGGCGGGAGCCCCGAGGGAGCGCCGCCAAUAUUCAACAUAUGCAUCCAGUGGUCCAAGCUGUUGGAUUCUGUCAGGGAGGGACCCGUUCUGGAAGGUCUUGACUUUUUUGCAGCAGGGGUUGGUUCUUUAUAUGCACAUCAGAUGAGAGAGGAUCCACGGCGGAAUACAGGCCGGUCGAAGCAGUCCGGCCGUGACCCUCACCAUAUGGAGGUGGCGGAAUUUGGAAGAGUCGAUGAUGAUGAUGGUAAUGAUGAUGGUGAGGGAGUGAUGACAGCAGAAAAGAUGGCUGAGGUUGCCAUUAGAGUGCUUUGUGCCGGGAUGUCGUUCUCUGUUAGCUCGCUGACAGAAUUCGCACUUGCAUCAGCUGAAGGGUAUGCUGAUUUACUCAAGAUUCGGGAGGAGAGAGAUUCCAACAAAAAUGGAAACUACUUCAUGGCAUAGUUCUCUAGGGUAGUUAGAUAGAUACAGUGUAAAUUAAUGUUUGGCUCAGCCAAUUUUAAUUCCAUAGAGAGAAAUGAGUUCUUUAAUUAAUGGAGCGGCAAGACAAUAGGAAAAUGAAAGAAAAGUUUCACGCCCCUGAUAACUACAGGGAGGAGAUUUACUUCUUAGCUUUCUGCACCAUUUUUUAAAGAAUUUCUUGUGCACAAAAUAUUUGUUUAUUCAUCAGACUAAUAUGGCUUCAACAAAAAAAGGAGAAAUAUGCCCAC